UUAGCUUAAUUCGUAAAACCAACCAAUUCCCCCCGGGCCGCGUUGGAAAAAAAAAAAAAGGAUAAACAGUAAAAGAAAGGUCAAAAGAAGCGAAGGGGAGGGAUGAGAGUUUGGCGUGCGCAUACUUCCAUGGGUCCUCUCAGUUUAACCCCAUACCCAUUGCCAAAGGCAGCAGCGGCUACUUAUUGCUGUUGUUUCCAUUAUGGUUUUCCAAUAAAAUCCAAUAAUAGGAGAAAAGUUCCUUGUGCUAUUUCGAUUCGAUGCUGUGCGUCGGCAUCUGCAUCCAAAUUCAACAACAAGAAUAAAACCUGCCAAGCUGAGCCUGGGAUUGAUAAUUUUGUGGUGGUCAAUUUUUAUCGCUUUGUCUUCAUCAAAGACCCUCAACACGAAAUUGCAAAGCACCUCACCUUCUUAAAGGGUUUGGACAUACAUGGCCGAAUCUAUAUAAAUGAACAAGGGAUUAAUGCACAGUACAGUGGGCCCUUCAGAGAUGCUUUUGCAUAUGUUGAAUGGUUAAAAGAAGAUGAAAAAUUUUCUGAUGUACUAGUUCAGACAUCUCCCGCAUUGAAUGGGCAUGCCUUUCCGAAACUAAAGCUGCGAUAUAAGCCCUCACUUGUACAAUUGGAAGGGGGAAUUUCUCACCUCCCUUUGCUUGACCCAUCAAUGCAAGCUAAAGCUAUAGCACCAUCAGAAUGGAGAAAAAGACUGGAAGCAGUAAAUGACAAGAGCUAUAUUCUGUUGGACGUGAGAAAUGGUUAUGAAUGGGAUAUUGGUCACUUUCAUGGUGCUCAACGACCGGAUGUGGACUGCUUUAGAAGCACUUCAUUUGGACUAUCUCCAACUGAGGGUGUUGCAUCAGAUCAACUAUCGCAGGUUGAUAAAGAAAAAACUGAUAUUUUGAUGUAUUGUACUGGGGGUAUACGUUGUGAUGUAUAUUCUACAAUCCUAAGACAACAGGGUUUCCAAAAUUUGUACACCUUGGAGGGAGGGGUUUCUCAUUACCUCAAAACUGAAGGUCCGGUAAAAUGGGUUGGGAACUUAUUUACGUUUGACUCUCGUCUUUCUCUCCCACCAUCUGCCUAUAACCAUGAAGGGAUCAUCAAAGCCAGCACAACUCAGCACGCUUUUGACAGUGAUAGAUUUGGUAAAUGCUACGUUUGUGGUUCACAAGUUUCUGAGUUAAGGCAUCGGAACUGUGCAAAUCCUGACUGCAACUUUCUUUUCCUAUGUUGUGCAAAUUGUGUGAUGGAUUUGAGAGGAUGUUGCUGUUAUAAUUGCACGACUGCCCCUCGUUGCAGACCUGUUUUGCCUGGGUUUCAAAGAUACAAAAAGUGGCAUGUGUAUCGAGAUCUACCGGUCCAAGCUCAGGCUCAAUGAAAAUUUCAUGACUACGAUUUGAGGUGACCAUUCAUCAUCCAUGACAAUUUUAUCAUACCUUGUGUUUUUGUUAGUUUCUCUGUACCAUUGCUUUUUCUUUUUG